UGAAAUUAAUGAAUAGCCUACAAGUUUAAAUACAGACUAAAAAACAUGUACAAUACAUUGGUAAACAGUGUAUGAGCUGCUUACACUAGCAAUCACUACAGAGACUGGAAGCAUGACUGCGUGGAUGCUGCCAUUGCCCGGUAUCAGUAGGAAGUAUCCUGUCACAUAUUGCUAUCAUAGGAAUCGAUCAAAAUUCCAAGUUGAGUACUGAAUGUGCAUUGUGAAGCGAAGAGCGUCUGUAUAGUGACAUGUAUUUAUUUUCUUUCUAAGCAGUGAUGCGAUCUGUCUCGGUCGUGAUGAUGUUUUUUUCUGCAGCUGCGCGGGGCUCGCUGGUCAUCCCGAUGAUGUUUUGUGCCCCCCCAGGUCAUGGGGAUUACUCGUACCAGCAGUCUUCUUACAGCGAGCAAGGCUAUGAAAGGUCAUUUGAGGAGUCAUCGCAGCACUACUACGAAGGAGGGAAUUCCCAGUACAACCAGCAACAGGCCUCUUACCAGCAGGGUGCCAACCAGGCGGCCUUCAACCAGCAGCAGUACCCCAGCCAGCAGGGCUACAGCGGGCAGCAGGUGGCGUAUGGCUCCUCACAGGGGGUUUCCUCGCAGUACCCCGGCUACCAGCAGGGCCAGCAGUACAGCUCUUACCGUCCGUCUCAAGCUGCCCCAAGCACCCAGGCACAGAGGCCUUAUGGAUAUGAGCAGAGUCAGUAUGGGAACUAUCAACAGUGAGGCGUGAAUGCCUGAAAAAAGCUUGGCCAAUUGGCAAAGAAGUUUAUGAAGUUUGAAUUAUAACCAAGUUCCUCUUGGAUAAUGGGAGCUGCCAGAAUUUCAUUUAUUAACCUUAAAUUUCCCAUGAGAUUAUAGUUCUAAGUAAAAAUUGAUUUUCAUUUUUUUACAUUUUAGUAUUGAUAUUACAUAUUUUUUGCUCAACCUCUAUGACUAAUACAUGUAUUGUGUAUUAGUAUGAAAUUCUGAUCAUGAAAAUCGCCUUUUCCUACUGCCAUACUGUCUUGCUUUGCUCCUGCUCAUAUGUAGCAUAUUGAGAAGUUCUGUCUCAUUAAAGCUCCUUCCUAUGGAAUAUGCAGACAGCCUCAGAUGCUUGCAGAUAUCCACUUUUCUGUUUAUGCAAACAUUUUUAAGUUUAGUGAUGUUGUUUUCAUCUUGUUCACAGAAUGAGCAAGAUUUUGUAACUAUUAUUUUUCUACUGUUUUUCAGGUAACUUUAAAGUUUGUUUCUUAAUAAUUUUUCUUUAAAAUGCACUUUUUAAAUUGUUGUUCUUUGGUCUUUUAAUGCCUGUUUUAAACCCUAAAACAGUUUUGUCCAUAGCCCUUUGUUUACAUUAAUUGGAAGAAAAAUAUUUAUAUUUAUAUUACGGGAUCUGCUGAGCAGCUACCAAAGGUUUAGUGGAAAAGACAAGAACAUUUUGCAGUCUAUACUGACUGUUGGUCUACCUAUAUAUUUUUGCUGCAUGUAAUUGUACAGACAGCAUCUUUACUUCUAUCAUGAAGUAGUGAGUAUAGCCAGAAUACUGUAGAAAUUCUGUACCUGAAAUGCAUGCUGUCAUGAUACUGUAGCGCAGCUUCACAGCUGGUAGUUUAUCUGUGGGUCAGCUGAACUGAACUCAGACUCACACCCAAGUGAUAAUCAGUAUAACUCAAACAUUAUUGAAUCACAACUACAAGCACUCAUUUUUGUUACAUUAAUUAUUGGAUUUAAAGAUAUUACUAUUUUUCAAUUUGUAUUUUAUAAAAAAUGGUAGAAUAGAGUCUGUUUGGUUUCUACCAAUCAGGGGACUUUUUGUAACUUAGGUUUACAAUGAAUGUAUUGUGUCUAUGUUUUGUCUUUAUGUGGCAAUGACAGGCUUUUAUGGUGACAUGGUAGCUAAGUGAAGUGUCCAUUUUGCCUGUGUUCUCACGAAAGGUCGUAUUAACGAGUAUUACAGAUGUCACAGUGUAAUCUGUAGUGCAGUAGAAGCUAAAAGAUACAUUUUAAAUGUUCCACAAACACAUUUGCCUUACAGCUCUAUAAUUAUAUACAACUCAAUAUAUAAUUCUUUUAUGAACAGCCCCAUACCUGCUAUUGCAAAUGUAAAUUAACCUACAUCUUGACCAUGCCAAUUAAUCAUUAUGGCACUGUUGCAGAUACAAAAUGGUGCUGAAAUUCUAUUUAUUUCAAAAUGAGGCAGCACAUUUAUCAUCGUUUUGAUGCUACAAAAGGUGUUUAAAAUAAUGAAUAUGGCUGUCAGACAGCACAACUCUUUCAGGACAAUCAUAGUGUCCGUUUUUAAUUUUUUUCAGUCGCUGUAAAUGGGAUGUAUUAUCUGUAUUCUGUAUGAGAGUCGUGUAUUGUGCAAAUAUCUUAC